AUGAUUAUUACAACAUGGACUGUCUACAUUGUUUUAAGGAAAAAGCUAGGCUUCCCCUUCCCACCAAGGAAGUACUCGGAUGUUCAAGUGGUGGAAAGUGAUGCUGUGAAUGUCGUGCAACAUUGGUUGAAGAAAACUGAAGAUGAGGCUUGCCAGGACAUCAAGGAGAAGCUCUCCACCUGCCCUUCCAUCCACGGCCAGGAUGUACAUGUGACCCGAGAUGUGGUAAAGCAUCGUUUUUCAAAGGCGGAUCUGUUAACCAAUCCGAGUCAGGAAGUUCUGGAGGAAAGAACAAGGAUCCAGUUCAUAAGAUGGAGCCACACCCGCGUUUUUCAAGCGCCCGAGUCGAGAGAGGAGGUUAUUCGUGAUCGGAUCCAGCAAGUAAGACAAAGCCUCUGCCAGCUCUCAGAUGAAUCCUCCUCCGAAGGCUUCGAUUGUUAUGAUUGUUGUUACCCAGAGUGCUAA